AUGCAAAUGUUUGUUCAGGUUCUGAUUGAUGGCCCCAGCACUGGAGUUAUUCGUUGCGUCCGAAACCUGAAAGAUCUGCAGCUGACGAAAUUUGUUGUUAAUGUUCGUGUCGGACAAAGAACGAAGAAAGUCAAAGAGGCAUUUGAUAGCGCCAAAAUCAGUGAUCAGUUCAAGCAAACUACUUGGGCUAAAAAGAUCGCGCAGAAAAAAAUCGUAAGUACUUCAUGA